UCUAGGAAAAGAAAAAAACGAGGAUCUCAGAGUUACUACGGAGCGUACCGUCAGUAUCCCAGCUAGAGUCACCUGCAGCUGGAAAGUGCGGGGCUGAUCAGUGGACACCCAGGGCUAUCUAUGACAACUGUACCGAUAGAGAUGGUCAAUCAAACCGUCUGAUUGGGUCCGCUUGUGGCUACACUGCCCAGCGCAUUGGCGCUCCGUAGCUUGUUGCGGCGUCAAGGGAGGGAGCGAGCGUGAGAGGGAGGGGAUAGAACGGAGGCCGAUGGAAAAAAGAGGGGAGUGGAGGAGGUUCCAGUUUCACCAUAAACAGCGAUCUCGGGGAACGGCAACGAACUGAAAUUUAAACUUGUUGCAAAAUCGGAAUAAACGGUUGCGAGAUAGAGUACAGAUAUUGAGACGGGAAGCUAACUAGGUAGCACCGCAAGGAGGUGAGCCAGGCGAGCCGUCGAGCGUGCAUGUGACAGACAGCUAGUGCGACACCGGUAUGGUAGCCAGCAAAUGCCGUGGAUUGUGGAGAUUCAUUCACAUGCUAUCCAAAUAUGAGGACGACAAUACAUCAGUGGUGUAUGGUUCCUCGUUAGAUAGCCACUUGGAAAUGAUCCGGAGCAUAUGUCGAAUGUAAGGUCUACCUGCAGCCGUCCAAAAUUCGUGUCAAGGUAAGGUUAUGUUUACUCUGCGAGUAUAGAAUCUGGCAUUAGGCUCUUUAUCGGGAACGAGCAUGGAGGGGCGUUGUGAGAACGGCACGCUUUAGUUGAACUCAAGACUUUGAUCGCCCUUUUCUAAUGUUUUGCCUCGUAUCAAGCUGGCGAGCUAUUUGUGAGCUUAUGCACAAACAAAAUAGCCACACCACGCCCAAAGGAUCACUCGAGGGGGUAGUCUUUCUGUGCCGUCAAAGUGAUCUAUUUUGUACAUUUUCUGUAGAUUUAUGUUGUGAUCGGAUACAGUCAGCUAAGCUAAGCUAGCUAACUAGCUCGGGUCAAGCUCGUGCACACUCAUGAAGGAGUACAAAGUAGUCGUUCUUGGAAGCGGCGGCGUCGGUAAAUCCGCGCUGACCGUCCAGUUUGUCACGGGCACUUUCAUCGAGAAAUACGACCCGACCAUCGAGGACUUCUAUCGGAAAGAGAUCGAGGUGGACUCGUCGCCUUCUGUGCUGGAGAUCCUCGACACAGCAGGAACGGAACAGUUCGCCUCCAUGAGAGAUUUGUACAUCAAGAAUGGCCAAGGCUUCAUCCUGGUGUACAGCCUUGUCAACCAGCAGUCGUUCCAGGACAUCAGGCCGAUGAGGGACCAGAUCGUGCGGGUGAAGCGCUUCGAGAAGGUGCCCCUCAUCCUGGUGGGGAACAAGGUGGACCUGGAGUCGGAGCGGGAGGUGCCGGGGUCGGACGGCCGGGCGCUGGCCCAGGAGUGGGGCUGCCCCUUCAUCGAGACCUCGGCCAAGAGCAAGACCAUGGUGGACGAGCUGUUCGCCGAGAUCGUGCGGCAGAUGAACUACGCCACACUGCCGGAGAAGCAGGAGCAGUGCUGCACGGCGUGCGCCAUCCAGUGAGAGCCGCCCGCCACGCACCUUAUCUCCAGACACAUUACCAGGCCGGACACCCUUCACCAAGUCUCCGCUUUGACAACCUGUGACCUACCGUCGCACACCUGGGACACCAUGCCCUCUGACCUAUGAGAUGUUACUGCGGCAGAGGGCAGCUUCCCCAGUUGGGCCAGUCGCAGGGGGGGGGCAAGAUUCUUGAGCUCCUCCAGCCCCUGACCUCUUGACCCCAGAGUGUAUGCUCCUCUGCUGAUAUGACUGACCUUCAAGGAACCCCUGUUGAUGCUGGGAAUGCACUCUCACCGCAGCAGAGAAGC